UGAGAGAUGCCAGAAAGUAGGAUAAUGACAUUCUAGAAGGACCAGAACGGUUCUAGAGGGAGCAGAAUAUUCUAGAAGCUUGUGGAAUGGCAUUUCAGCCAAAGGACGUUACCGCCACAUUGGGUUAGAAAAGUGAAAAGAAGGCGCCUGUUCCUUCGUUAAUGGGCGAGUCGUCUCCGCUUACACGGCGGUGAGAUCACCCACGAUCUGGGCUCUGCCUUCUAUCCUGUUUGUGGGUCGUGGACAGUUAGGCACAAAGCUCAGAUAUGCUGGUUAGGGACAGAGCAGUGACCUCUAUGUUAUGGCCUUGCUCCCGCAUAGAGCAGGCAUGGAGCAUUGCUCGUAGUGCACAAGCAGUUCCUGAAUGCCCAGGAGGACUAAAGCUCCUUCACCAGCCUCAGAGCAGCCCCGGAGCCCUGUUCUGCUGAACUUCCCCGGAGUGUAAGCCAGCCUGUCAGUGCAGAAUACCUGCACCCAGUAUCAUAUCCCAGCCCAGCCUGCUGGGAACAACUGUUAGUGAAACCCAGGGUUCAGUCCCUCUAUUGCUCCCAGACAUUGGAAGCUCUACACACAGGGUCCCUUCCUCAGAUGCUGCCCCAUUCACACAGCUACAAGACCUUAAAGCACUGAAGGAAACCUCAACACAUCACAUGUGCUUUGGAUCCACAGCGAAAGACAGUGGACUCUUUGCUAGUCUGCAUAGCAACACCUCCUUUGAGGAGGCAGUCUUCACCCACCCUAAAGUACAGUUUCUUCAGCACUACAGAAGACAUUACUCAGUCUACCUGAUCUCAGCCGCUCCAACUCAAGGUCUGAUCUCCAUUCCCUGAACGCAGCGACUCAGAACCUGGUGAUGAACCAUCUCUCAACAGCUCAUCAUCUCCUCCUGUGUCAUGGACCCUUCCCAUUUGGGUUGCAGUCCAGGAUGCAAUGCUGAUCUUCAUGCUCCUGGAUCAUUCCAGCACAUUUAAUAGUGCCGACCAUGAGAGGGUGCUGGUGCACCCCAGGGACCUGGCUGGGAUGAAGUGCCCAAAGUCCCCACUGUGCUGUGCGCCAGAGGAGCCUCUGGGAAGAGACAGUCCCUGCCCCGAAGAGUUUACAGUCAAGAGAUUAAAGGCAGACAGAUGGAUCCGACACACAAGCCGGGCGAUGGGUAUGCAAACAAGCCACUUACUCACAGUGCCUGCUCCCAUUAGUGAGCGUUGUCGGCCUUUGCUUUGCUCAGCUCAGCUGCACGGACGCGAUGCCCCACUGGAGGUUUGCGCAGUUCAUGAAAGCGGACGGGAGAGCAGUGCAGUUCGGAGCAGGAAACUGGAAAUUGGGGUUUGCCGUGCUGGUGAGGACAGAGCCAGACCCUGUAAGGUUUCCUGUGGCUGUAUCUGUUCUGUGAUGGGUCAGUAUCACAGACUGAUGCCUAGGGCGAUGGCCUGGGAGCCCCACUCGCUGCUCUGCCUGAUUCUGAGUGACCUGGGAUGGAAAACUCUGCUCUCAAUUAGGAAGAUCAGGAACUUACGUCUCCCACAUCCCAGCCGGCGACCCCAACCACCAGGCUGUAGAGCAGCAAAACUGAUUGAGAAUCCCCCAUCCAAGAUCAUGUGCUUGACCUAACAUCCAACAACCUGCGUUACGUCCCGCAAGCCUUCAGAAGC